AUGACUCCCCAGCUGAAGACUCGACUGAACAUAAUCCCACGACUCAUCCAGGGGGAUCUGAAGAGCCUGUCUCAGGAAGUGAGAUACUUCAUUGAAAGCAAUGCCAAGCUAUGCCAACCUGCUAGAAUUCAUAUCUGUGAUGGCUCAGAAGAAGAGAACAAAAACAUUCUGGAUAUCAUGGUAGAACAAGGCAUGAUCAAGAAGCUGAAGAAGUAUGAGAACUGUUGGUUGGCUCUCACUGAUCCAAGGGAUGUGGCAAGAAUUGAAAGCAAAACAGUCAUUAUCACUCAGGAGCAGAGAGAUACCAUUCCAAUCCCUAAAACUGGAACUAGCCAGCUGGGUCACUGGAUGUCAGAAGAAGAUUUUGAGAAAGCCUUCAAUGUCAGAUUCCCGGGGUGCAUGAAAGGACGUACAAUGUAUGUCAUCCCCUUUAGUAUGGGGCCCAUUGGGUCUCCUUUAUGCAAGUUUGGGAUUGAGCUGACAGAUUCACCGUACGUGGUGGCCAGCAUGAGAAUCAUGACCCGGAUGGGAACAGCCGUCUUGGAAGCCCUAGGGAAUGGAGAGUUUGUAAAAUGCCUUCAUUCGGUUGGGUGUCCUUUCCCACUAAAAAAACCACUAGUAAACAAUUGGCCCUGCAACCCAGAUUUGACUCUGAUUGCUCAGAUUCCUGAUCGCAGAGAAAUCAUCUCAUUUGGCAGUGGUUAUGGAGGAAACUCCUUGCUGGGGAAAAAGUGCUUUGCCCUCAGGAUUGCCAGCAGAAUUGCCAAGGAAGAGGGCUGGCUUGCUGAGCACAUGCUGAUUCUGGGUAUCACAAACCCAGAGGGUGAGAAGAAGUACUUUACCGCGGCAUUCCCCAGUGCAUGUGGAAAAACUAACUUGGCUAUGAUGAACCCAACUCUGCCAGGAUGGAAAAUUGAGUGUGUUGGGGAUGAUAUUGCCUGGAUGAAAUUCGAUGAGCAAGGUAAUUUAAGGGCAAUCAAUCCAGAAAAUGGAUUUUUUGGAGUUGCUCCUGGGACAUCAGUAAAAACAAACCCCAAUGCCAUAAAGACCAUACACAAGAAUACCAUCUUCACCAAUGUAGCAGAAACCAGCGAUGGAGGCAUAUACUGGGAAGGCAUUGAUGAACCACUUGCACCAGGAGUGACACUGACUUCAUGGAAGAACAAGAAGUGGACUCCAGGGAAUGGGGAGACUUGCGCCCAUCCCAAUUCUCGAUUCUGCACCCCUGCCAGCCAGUGCCCAAUCAUUGACCCUGCCUGGGAAUCUCCAGAAGGAGUGCCGAUUGAGGGUAUAAUAUUUGGAGGCCGUAGACCUGCUGGUGUGCCUCUAGUAUAUGAGGCCCUUAGCUGGCAGCAUGGCGUAUUUAUAGGAGCAGCUAUGAGAUCUGAAGCAACUGCAGCUGCUGAGCACAAAGGAAAAAUCAUUAUGCACGACCCCUUUGCCAUGCGGCCUUUCUUUGGCUACAACUUUGGCAAAUACCUUGCCCACUGGCUUAGCAUGGCACAUCGCCCAGCUGCAAAACUGCCCAAGAUCUUCCAUGUGAACUGGUUCCAAAAAGACAAGCAAGGAAAAUUCCUGUGGCCUGGUUAUGGGGAGAACUCCCGUGUGCUGGAAUGGAUGUUCAACAGAAUCCGUGGAGAGGCCGAUGCCAAGCGAACUGCUAUAGGCUACAUCCCUGCUGACGCAGCCUUGAACCUGAAGGGCCUAGAAGGCAUUGACAUGACAGAACUGUUUGAUGUCUCCAAAGAGUUCUGGGAAAAAGAGGUAAUGGAAAUCAAGAAAUAUUUUGAAGAGCAAGUUAAUGCUGACCUCCCUUAUGAAAUAGAAAGAGAAGUUCUUGCACUGGAGCAAAGGAUAAAACAGCUGUAA